AUGCCCCCCAAACACUUCACCCUCAACACCGGCGCCAAAAUCCCGUCCAUCGGCCUGGGAACCUGGCAGUCGCCCCCAGGCCAGGUAGCCUCCGCCGUCUCCUACGCCCUCCAAAACGGCUACACGCUCAUCGACGGCGCCUACUGCUACGCCAACGAAGAUGAAGUCGGCCAGGGGCUCGCAGAGGUCUUAUCCGCCGGCAAAGUGAAACGAGAGGACAUCUUUGUCGUGAGCAAAGUCUGGACUACGUACAACACCCGCGUCGAGGAAGGAUUGGACAAGAGCUUGAAGAGUCUGGGGUUGGAUUACGUUGAUCUGUUCCUGGUUCACUGGCCGCUGCUGAUGAAUCCUGAGGGUAACCACGACCGGUUCCCCACCAAACCGGACGGGAGCCGCGACAUCAUCCAGGGGUACAACCAUGUUGAUACCUGGAAACAGAUGGAGGCGCUGCUGAAGACUGGCAAGACAAAGGCCAUCGGUGUUUCCAACUACUCCAAGCUCUACCUUGAACAGCUCCUCCCCCACGCCACAGUCAUCCCAGCCGUCAACCAAAUCGAGAACCACCCCGGUCUUCCCCAGCAGGAGAUCGUCGACCUUUGCAAGGAAAAGGGAAUUCACAUCAUGGCGUACAGCCCCCUGGGGUCAACUGGUGGACCGCUGUUGAGCGCUGAGCCGGUGGUCAAGAUUGCGGAGAAGCAUGGCGUGAAGCCGAGCUCGGUCCUGCUGAGUUACCAUGCCCCGAGAGGCAGCACCGUGCUCGCCAAGUCCGUCACCCCCGAGCGCAUCAAAGAGAACAUCGAGUCUCUGAUCGACCUGGAUGAGGAGGACCAGGCUGAGCUGAAGGCGUACUCUGACAAGCUGGUUGCGGAGAAGAAGUGGCAGCGGUUUGUGUACCCGCCAUUCGGUGUCAACUUUGGUUUCCCAGACAAGCAGUGA